AUGGGCAACGAGGAGGAUAGCAACAGAUUUGCUAAUGGUCCCCAACGAUUCGCCACACUUCACCAACACUUCGCCAACACUUCGCCAUGGUUCGCCAAUGAUUCGCCUCAGUUCGUCAACAAUUCGCCACGAUUCGCCAAAGAUUCGCAACAAGUUCGCCACGGCUCGGCGCCCGAUUGA